UUCGCUGAUCAACGAACGCAGUCGACAAACCCUAUGAUGGCGUUCAAAUUUCCUCGCGUUUUCCUGCAUUUCCGCUUGCCCAGGGCGCUAGUCCUCCCCAGGGGCAGCCGAGGGACCCACAGCGGCGCCGGCUCGGGGGUCGGCAGCGGCGGGGGGGGCGGGGGCAGCAUCAGGGACGCCGGGGGGGCCUUCGGGAGACGCGGCGUGGUGAAGGAGGAGGAGUAUUUCCGCAGGAAGCAAAGGGAACAGCUGAUCAAACUCCGGAAGAAGCUGGAGAGCGAACGGGAAGCGACGACGGAGAGUCAACCAAAGGGCGAAGGACCAGAGGGCGCUGGAGAUUCAACCCAGAGUGCCAAUGACGCGGACCUUCAAGCCGACGCUCUCAUCAAAGACCAAGUGUUCCUCCUUCACAAGCUUGAGGAAUACGAAAGCCUUGUGAAGCUUCACCAGCAGGAAAUCCGAAGAGUCUUCGAAAUGGCAGAGGAGAACUUGCAGGUCAUCAGCCACUAUCAGGAGGAGAUCGGCUUCCUGAAAUCGACGAUGGAGAUCCAGAAGCAGUUUCCCGAGUUGGACCUUGGUCGGGAGCCGCGCUUCGAAAUCAUAAAGCCUCGAACGGGGAGCUUCGAGUCGUAACUCACCCCAAUAUUCUUCCGUGAUCAAGCCAUUCUAAUCACUCUUAACUCAGUCUUCAUUACUAUUAUUAUUUUAAUUAUUUUGAAAUGUAUGAUUGCUAUUUGGAAAGGAUCUCUCUCAUCAUACAUUUAUAGCAGCCCCUUGUAUUUCCCUUGCACUUACUGUUGAAACCGGUGAAGCCCUUGGCCAGCUCUUCGUCGUCGAGAGGCCCCACGAUGGCUCCGAUCACAAAGUCGACAAUGGCGACCAGCAGCACCACUAGAAGCACCAGUUGGGCCUGUAAGAAAAAAUAGAGCUUUAAAGUUAUUUUUUUGGCCAUUUAUCAUUCGCUGAAAUGUAUGAUCCAAGUUUUACCCUUUACUUGUCCAAUGUUUCAUUGGCCAACGUUGAUCUGAUGAGAAUCUGACUUCUUAUUUAUUAUUAACGACAAGCGAAUUAGCGUGGUGUGUACUCUGCAGCACGAAACGAGGGCGGAACGCUUAUAUUUAUCGCAAGCUGACAACUGCAAAAGGUCAUCUUCCCAGAAUAUCUGAUCCAGUAAGUUCCAGUUUCUCUUAUUUUUUGUGCGCGAAUCUGGCCGCACCUUUCCAGUUUUCUGGCAUCGUUCUGUGCUUGCAGUUUACUAUACAUCAGGCUAACUGGACCUGUUUUUCAAAAGGGAUUGCAGACUUUUACGGAAAGCAAAAUGUAUGCUGUGAAUCUUAUUAAUGGAAAUACAAUACUUACUGA